CGCAAAGGGGGAUAAAUCAAGUGGGGGGUCCACGGGUCGCCGGAGGGCAUCGAAGUGUCUUUAGGGCCUUUUUUGCUCAAAUUCCGGCGAUAUUUUGCCUGCGCGUGACGGCCCGCGUUUGCAGUAGUCGACCCAGAGGAUUGGGACACCGCAACAGCCACACAGUGCACCAAUUCUGUGAGAUCUAAGAGAGGCUUUGCGCACAUCCUCACCCAUUCUCCGCCGCCCACCUUUGCCCUCCACGAGAGAACUUUUCUUCCUUUACCCAUCGACAUGGCACAGAUUUACCACGGUUUCACGCACGUGGGACCGAACACCCCAUCUCCCUCUACUCCUUCCGUCCCUAAUACUCUGGUGUCUGACCCUGUGGUGCUACCACCAGAUCCCGAAGACACUACCGACACCCGACAGAUCACACCACCUAGAACCCGACGAGCGCGAGGAAGACCACCAAAGCCCAGCUGGCCACAUUCGUCGCGAAGCGUGAAUAAAUCGACUUCCCCUCAAUGUAGACCCGAUGGAAGACCCGAUGGAGUGAACAAAGUGCUCCCGGACGCCCAAACAUUUGACGAUGAAGAAACAACAGUGCUAGUGGAGAUGGAGUGGUUAGGAAAAGAGAAGGAUGGGUUAGAACAAGAGUAUAACGCGAAAAUAUCGCAGUUGGAAGAAGUCGAAAAAAGGGAGAUGGAACAGUUCGAACAGCGCGUGAACUGCGAGCGCCAGAAUCUGAGAAAGCGCCACAGGGCAGAGCGAGAGGGAAAGACAGCACAGUAUGAUCAACAAAGGACGCGAAACGAGAGUAAACAGAAAGAGGCGCAGGAACGAGCAAAGGAAAUUAGUGAGAGGCGACGGACAUACCUACUCAACCAAUUUCACUCAAAGCAAAGUUCAGUGCAGCCUUGAUAACACUUAUUCUCAGUGAACAAGCUCAACCUAAGACGCUGGUGAGAGUUAGUAGGGUAUGGGUCGGUAAGAAUCCCGGCUAUUGGCAGGAUACCGUUGCGACCUCUGUCACGCGGGUCUGCGUCGCAAUUACCUUGCCGCCACGUUCCGAUCUGACCGGACGAUUUUUUUGUUUGACUAAUCGCUGAUCCAGAUCACUUCUUUUCAACUAGCGCGGCCAUAGCAAAGCGUUGCUGCCCAACGGACUUUUUCGAGAGUCGGACAAAUGGUGGUUAUUGAAUAUCUACGUCGCGAGGUCGGGCUUGAUUGCUUUCACGCCGUGCCUCUAGUUAGUGUCAAGCUCUGAUGUAAUAUUCUGGCAUACGCAACAACUAGCGCGGGAGUGUGUAUUUCCUCACCCUAUCGUUGAGAAGGCGAGAGUGUGGCCCCAAGAAUGGCGGUACAGGUGAAAAUGCCCAUAGAAGGGUCGAUGGUCUGUCUGAAACCGGAGCCAGUAACAAGGACUGUGUUGGCCCCUCCCAGUUCCCUAAGGGCAAAUAAUCUACUCUGUUGGCUGGUACGAGACGCGCAAGGGUUUUAUAUGAUGGGACUUUACAUUUCUUUCCGGAGACCACCCUACUUCGGCCGAUGGGAACGGCGUGAUGAACAGGUGGUAGAGAAUCUUCGAGGCCUGCCAGCAGAGAUAGCGUAAGUCUCGCCGUCUACAUAGCCCUUGCCUCGGAAUGGAAAAAGUAAGUCUCUGCAUAAUUGUCGAAUCUAGGCACCACUUACACAAUCCGCAAUGUAAGGAAACAUCCCCGGCCCUGUUACGAAACUGGAAUUGGUUGCACUGUGGCGUC